AUGCCGCCUCACCAUCGAGCCUUCACCGAUUCGCUCGAGUCGAGGCAGCGUACAGCCCACGAAUCGACAUUCUCUUCCUCUGCAGCCCCAAUCCACCUUGGUGCUCACCACGCCACGUCAAGCUCCACCCAGUCCACUGCCGGCUCGUCGGCGCAGACGCCGGCUCCAGUCCUGCCCACUGCGGCCCAGAUGACCGCGCCCGCGCCCGCGACCGGGGCCAGGGACGAGGUCCAGCAGCCGCGAAUAUCGCAUACGUCGCCGAAAGUUCAUCUCCAGGCAACUACUACCUGCGAUCACAACAACGACGAUCGUUGUGCGCUACACCUGCCCCCCUCGCCGAGCACGACCCCUGCGCCAUCGACCUCGAGCCCGACUCCGGCCCACGCCCUGAUCGCCGACAUCGACACCCGACCGGCGCCCACGAGCCGCAUCGUGCGCAAUCAGCUUGAGCGCGCCGUUGCAACAUCACCUGUGCCCGACCGCAAAGACCACGGUGAGUUCCAACUGUCACACUGUGCCGUCCUUACUCGUCGUACGAGCCGGUGGCCUCUUGUACUCGAGAUCGAUUCACUGACGUGCGCAUCGACCGAUACCCGCAGGCGCUCCUUGGACUGCUGCCGCCGACCUCUCGUCAUCGACGGCGGUGCUCGACGACGCCCACGAUCGGGCGGCGGUGCACAUUACGCCACUGCCUUCACCACUUUUUUCGACAGCCCAGUUCGAACCGGAUACCAACACUUUGGUUGCAGACCCCUCGCUGUCAGUCUUACAGCUCGAUAGCCCUCGUCCCGUCCCGGCGAUCUCGAUCUCGAGCCCUGCCGACGUCUGUCCGGUGGCUCCUGUGCAAGAGGUCGGCCCGUCUCUCUCUUCGGCGCGCGCGCGCCGAUCAUCGCCGCCGAGCUGGUCCAUGGAACAUCACCCCAGCCUGGACCAAAGGGCGCGCCCCACACGAUCCACAUCCCAUGAUCCCCUUGGCUCCCGAUCUGAUCGUUCAUCGCGACUGAAUUCACCGUUCUCGGCAUCGGCAUCGACAACUAUGCUCGACGCCGAUCAGCGCUGGCUUUCAGAAGACGAAGCGCGUGGCGUUCAUACCUCAGCUACUCGAAAUGGCUUCACACCCUCGCAAGCUCGGUCACGUAGAUGUGAGGCGCGAGAUCGCUCCGGUGAAGGACGCACGACACCCGCUGAUUGCGAGACUGGCCAUCGUGUCGCCCCAGACACCGCGAUCAGUGACGAGCACAAGAACCCGAGCAAUUUGACAUCAUUCGUUCCGAGUACUCCACGGGCCCAUCAUUCGAUCCAUCAUCGUCCAUCGACCAUUCCACAGUCCACGAAUCGCGCCUCACCGACGCCGUCGUGCUCGGCGAUUGAUCCACCUUUAGAUCGCCUAUUACCCAAGCUUCUCUCCCUUGUGACAUGUACGGCUUGCCAGAGGUUCCUCCGCGAUCCGACGACUCUAUUUUGCGGUCACACCGUGUGUCUGCCAUGCUCGCGUCCCAUCGUUCAUCGCUCAGUCGAUUCGAUUAUCCUCGCUUCGAACACUGUAUCGUCGAGCGAGUCGCUUUUCACUCGCAACUCCGCCAAUCCCACCUUCGGCCCAGGUCAAUCUGAUGCGCUGCCCCAUCUGAUUUCUGCGGAUAGCGAGGCGCCUAAUGGCGCACCGGAAGCUGGAUCGCGCGGUCACGGUCGGGACGGUUUCCGUGUCAUGCCAGGCAUGAAUCAUCGCGGACGACUGCGCUGCGCCCAAGACGACUGCAAGGUGUCGAAGGAGCAACUGGGAACGUCUUCCGAGGCUAGGCCCGACUUCGUCCUUCAAAAAGUACUACACUUGUUGCGAUCGGAUUUCCCUCUCGUCGACCACCAGUUCGAAGUCGCUCGGAUCGAACUGGCCGAGUUGGACGAUCCCGCUGAUGGGGAACAGUCGUCCGCGGAUGGGUACAACCACUUGGGUGAUGCAGCAUCAUCCGAGCGUCAUUUUGAUGAGAAACUAGCGCUCGACCGAGGCUGCGCUUCGUCUCGGAUUCCGAGCGGAAGCUCGACCAGCAGCGGUGGAGGAGGCGAAAACCCCACUUCACUCGAUGAUAUGAAGCGAGCUUCUCGAGUGAAACCUUGGGCCUCUUUCAAACGCGCUCGACGACGUCAUGCAGGUUCGGCCGAGAUGAAGGAUCGGGAUCAACAGGCGGCGAUCGUGGCCAGGAUUGAGCUUGACCUGGAACAAGCGUCUCCCACUUUUCUCGCUGACGUUCUCUCCGAGCUCGAAUGUCAGAUUUGCUUUCAGUUGCUGCAUGACCCGAUUACCUCGCAAUGCGGUCACACGUUCUGUCAAAAGUGCCUCGUCCGGUCCUACGACCACUCCGACAAGUGUCCGCUCUGUCGCCACGACUUUCCUUCCUCCGUCCGUUUCCGAUCCCAACCGAUCAAUUCCACCACACAGCGUAUCAUUCUAUCGCUCUUUCCCUCACUUGCGGCAGAUCGCUUCGCCCAGAUACAAGCAGAGGAGCGCGGCGCCGAUGGUGGCCUCGACACGCCUCUUUUCGUGUGCACACUCGCAUGGCCCAAUUUGCCGACGUACAUCCACAUUUUCGAACCACGCUAUCGCUUGAUGGUUCGCAGGGCAAUGGAAGGAAAUCGCGAGUUUGGAAUGGUGCUGCCGAGCCGUGAUCAAGGUGGCAUCAAUGAGUAUGGGACCAUGCUCAAGAUUCAGUCGUGCAACAUGAUUGAAGACGGGCGCUCGAUCAUCGAGACGGUCGGAACCUACCGUUUUCGAAUUCUUGAGAAAGGCGUGUUAGAUGGCUAUACGGUCGGUCGGAUCGAACGCGUGUACGAUAUACCGCAGGAUCAGGAAGCCCAGCUAGAGCGACAAGCGCUUGCGCGGAACACUCAGUCUACUGCUCCCAGCUUGACGAUGACCGACACGCGUCAAAUCGAACGAUCGACCUCUGACUUGAUGGACAUAUGUCUCGAAUUCGUCUCGACGCUUCGCAAUGGCUCGGCGCCGUGGGUGCUUCAGCGCCUCAACAACACGAUCGGGCCCAUGCCUACAACGCCCGCUGAUUUCUCCUUCUGGAUGGCCGAAGUUAUGCCUGUCGACGAUCAAAACAAGGCUCUUCUCUUGCAAAUCACUAGCCCACGCGAGCGUCUUCGAUUGCUCGUGUUUUGGAUUGAACAGUUCCGUUCAAGUUGGUGGUUCUCGCGUGGUUGUAAGUUCGGUGACAAGCUUCCUCUCAUGCGCUCGCUCGUUUUUCCUGUGUCCUGACUCUUCUGAACCCUUGCCUCAUAUGGUACCCAGGCACGCUCAUGUAG